CUCGGCGGCCGCGUUCGGGGAGGAGGGCCCUAGGCCGGCGUGCGGCCAAUCCGGGCGGGCGCUGGCGGCGAGCAGGGCAGAAUGGGCUGUAGUUUAGUGAAAUAGGAAAGCUGCGAACAGUGUGGAGUGUGCCUGGUGUAAAUAAAAGGGGGGAAAAAAAAAAAGUUUCUGCAAGUCGCAGCUCUGCGGCCUCGCUCAGACGCUGGCACGGGGGCUUGUGCGUCGCCAAAAACCAACACACGGGACUUUACUGUGCUGCGUUAACACGCUCUUCCUAUUGUUUGUGUUUUUUUCAAAAUAUGGCAAAGGUUCAGGUGAACAAUGUAGUGGUGUUGGAUAAUCCUUCUCCUUUCUACAAUCCUUUCCAAUUCGAAAUCACAUUUGAGUGCAUAGAGGACCUGUCGGAAGAUUUGGAAUGGAAAAUAAUUUAUGUGGGUUCAGCUGAAAGUGAAGAGUAUGAUCAGGUGUUAGACUCUGUUUUAGUAGGACCUGUUCCUGCGGGCAGACACAUGUUUGUAUUUCAGGCUGAUGCACCUAACCCAGGGCUUAUUCCAGAUGCAGAUGCAGUAGGUGUAACAGUUGUGCUAAUUACAUGCACCUAUCGAGGUCAAGAAUUUAUUAGAGUCGGCUACUAUGUAAACAAUGAAUAUACCGAAACAGAACUGAGAGAGAAUCCACCAGUAAAGCCAGAUUUUUCUAAGCUUCAAAGGAAUAUUUUGGCAUCUAAUCCCAGAGUCACAAGAUUCCACAUUAAUUGGGAGGACAACACUGAAAAACUGGAAGACGCAGAGAGCAGUAACCCAAAUCUACAGUCACUGCUUUCUACAGAUGCAUUACCUUCAGCAUCAAAGGGGUGGUCAACAUCAGAAAAUUCAUUAAAUGUUAUGUUAGAAUCUCAUAUGGACUGCAUGUGACUAACCACCAUCAUUUUGGUACUGUACAUGUGUUAAACUGUAAAAACAACCAGAACUAUUUCCCUCAAAUUCCAUAAGUACAUAGUUGACAAGCAAUGUGAAGAACUUGUUUUAAAACAUCCUGUAGAAAGUUUAUAAAAAAAGAAACAAACAAAAAAAAAACCAAAAACCAAACAAACAGUAUUUGAGCAAAUUGUGGAAUAUAAAUACAACUAUUUUUAAGUAA